AUGUCGUCCGCAGACGAGAAGACCACCUUUGGUGCCGUCGUUGAGACCCACCUCUCCCGACCAACUCCCCAACACCUCGACACCACCUUCUCGCAAGCCUCGCCCAUCUCCAAUUUCAAUUCGCUUCCCACCACUCCGACCAAGCUUGACCACGACCCGGCGAAUCCCUACUUUGCAGGUCACAGCAAUGGAACCGAGCACGGCGCGUUCAGCAAGACGCACCUCGAUGCCUACGCCAGCGACGUCGAGGCUGGUACGCCUCUUUCGACCGCUACAACUGUUCAGCUGAAGGGCUCAGUCGAUGGUCGACUCAAGGAGUGCAGCAAAAUGAGCAUGUGGCCCUCGAAACAGUCGCUCAUUGCCGAUGCCAAGGCUGCGAAGAGACAGCGCCGCUGUGGAGGCCACGACCCUAUGAGGAACCUAUCCAAGAAACAGAAGCUCACUGCGAAGAUUCUCAUUGCGCUUCUGGCAGUUGGCCUGGCUGUCGGCUUGGGUGUGGGCAUUAGCAGAGCUGUGGGUGGUGGCAUCUGGUCCGGCGAUCAUAAAACAAAGUAUAUUCCUAACGAUCAGGGCCAUUGA